AUGGUGGUGGUCGGGGUGGAGGCUUUGUCGCCUUCUCUCCUGUGCCGCUUUCCCCUAGUGUUUGGGUUAAAAGGGUGGCUGAUGUCUUAUGUUCUUCCUAGUCGUGACCCUACUCUGGAAACGGAGAUACCCACAUUAAUAGUGGGUCUGAUUCCAGCAUUGAAUAGAUCGGCAGAUAAAAAGAUUUGGCCGUCAGUAAUGGAAAUUACAAGAGCAUCUCUCAAUACUCAAAGUUUUAUAUCUGAAGCGAGUUUUCAAGAAACCGCUAGGGUUUUAGUAAAAGCAGCUCUCCGGGGUCGAAUCGAUUGGCUAAAAGGCUUGAAAGAGAACGUGGUUGGGGGGGGGGGGAUACCCGUCGGUACCGGGUUGAAAGGAUUAGUGCUCCCCUCAGAACAACAUAACAGGAGCCCCUUGGAAACAAAAAAAACAAUAUACUUGAGGGGGAAAUGCGCGAUAUUUUGUUUCACCACAGCAAAUUAUUUGAUUCUUUCAAAGUAUUUCCGCGAGAGGCCGAACAAUCCUACGGUUUGGGAAGGGGUUUUGAUUGAUCAAAAAGAGGAAUCUACUUCAACCGAUAUCCCCUUAGGCACGGCCAUACAUAACAUAGAAAUCACACUUGAAAAGGGUGGACAAUUAGUUAGAGCAGCGGGUACUGUAGCGAGACUGAUUGCAAAAGAGGGGAAAUCGGCCACAUUAAAAUUACCUUCUGGGGAGGUCCGUUUGAUAUCCAAAAACUGCUCAGCAACAGUCGGACAAGUGGGGAAUGUUGGGGCGAAUCAGAAAGUUUGGGUAGAGCCGGAUCCAAGCGUUGGCUAG